GCUGAAUCCCGCGCGGGCGCAGCCAUUUGCUCUCUUCCUCGAUCACUUCAACACCGAGUGACUGUAACACAAAGACUAACACACAAAUACAGCAAUGGCAGAGAACGAGCCACAGGUUCAGUUUAAGCUGGUUCUGGUAGGAGAUGGAGGUACGGGGAAAACCACCUUUGUCAAGAGACACUUGACUGGGGAGUUUGAAAAGAAAUAUGUUGCCACACUUGGAGUUGAGGUACAUCCCCUGGUCUUCCACACCAACAGAGGAGCCAUCAAAUAUAAUGUCUGGGACACAGCUGGCCAGGAGAAGUUCGGAGGUCUGAGAGAUGGUUAUUACAUACAGGCUCAGUGUGCAAUCAUCAUGUUUGAUGUAACCUCUCGAGUGACCUACAAAAACGUACCCAACUGGCAUCGUGACUUGGUGCGUGUGUGCGAGAACAUUCCCAUAGUGCUGUGUGGUAACAAAGUGGACAUCAAGGACAGGAAGGUUAAAGCAAAGAGCAUCGUGUUCCAUCGUAAGAAGAACCUACAGUACUACGACAUCUCCGCCAAGAGUAAUUAUAAUUUUGAGAAGCCCUUCCUUUGGCUUGCACGGAAACUCAUUGGUGAUCCUAACCUGGAGUUUGUUGAGAUGCCUGCCCUUGCCCCGCCUGAAAUUGCUAUGGACCCAUCGCUUGCUGCACAAUACGAGCAUGACCUGAAAGUGGCAUCAGAAACAGCUCUCCCAGAUGAAGAUGAUGACCUUUAACCUGUUAGUUUCUAACCUCCUUAUGGCAAUGUCCCCGGGGUUUCCUGGUGACAGUUGUUCCCCUUACCCUUUUACUGUAAACUCUCCUCACCCCGGCGCAGAAUAUUUUUAUUUUUCAAUUUUGGAUUUGUUUUCUUUGUGUUUCUGAUUUGAGUAAAGUUGUGUGGUUCAUUUCAUUGUAGACAUGCUAACUGUUGCCACCAGGCACACACUCAUACGAAAUGCCUACACUUUGACACACACACUCACUCAAAAGUGCGAGAGCAGGUUGAGUGUCCCAGUGCUUACUUCUCUAUGUAAGGCUCUAAGCACUUAGAGAAAUUCUUGGAAUAAAAACAUUCUCAAUAUAUUUAACCUGGCUUGGUCUUAUGAACACCUUCAUUGACUUGUAUGUUGCAGAACUGUGUAAUCAAGAGUAAAAUUUCACACCUAAGUAGUGGUGGGUUGGUCAUAAUUGUCCUCUAAAGUUGAGUCCGGUAAUCUUAGGUUUUGUACUCUGCAGUUCUGAGGGUUGGUGUUGAGUUUUGUUACUGAAUGUUUUCUCGUGUAAAUGCUAGUUUAAAGGCUAGACUAUUAUGUAAAGUUAGGUUUAAGGACUGAAAUAUUGAGCAUGCAAACUUGACUCAGAUUUGUAAUUUUGACAUGAAACUCUGUAAAGAUUAAAAUGAUUUUCCUCCUGA